UUGAUGAAACAUAGGAAGACGCGUCAAGUCGGAUCUUUCAUUUCCUAAGACAGCAAAGAGACCGGGCAUUCUUUCUUCUUUUCACUUUCUCUGUUGCAUUACUCCUUUCCUAUUUUUCUCCAAUUUUCCGUUGUGGGGUCUCUCUAUAGAUGACUCAUUUGCUUCUUACCCAUCUCCAAUUUAGCUAAAUUUGGCCUCUAUUUAUGUACAGACGUGCCUAUAUUUAGAGAGAAAUGGAGGAAGGUGUGUUGUGUGAGUGGACUGUGAUUCGAUCUCUUUUUGCUAUUCUACAAUGGUGGGGUUUCAAUGUUGCUGUUAUUAUCAUGAACAAAUGGAUCUUUCAGAAACUGGAUUUUACAUUUCCUUUGACAGUAUCUUGCGUACACUUCAUAUGCUCAGCUAUUGGUGCAUAUGUGGUAAUUAAAGUGCUCAAACUUAAACCACUCAUCGUGGUUGAUCCCACAGAUCAGUGGAGAAGAAUUUUUCCCAUGUCAUUUGUGUUCUGUAUCAACAUAGUUUUGGGGAAUGUAAGCCUGCGAUAUAUUCCUGUCUCUUUUAUGCAGACCAUAAAGUCAUUUACUCCUGCAACAACAGUGAUUUUGCAGUGGCUAGUUUGGAGAAAGAGCUUUGACUGGAGGAUCUGGGCUUCUCUGAUUCCCAUUGUUGGAGGAAUUCUGCUUACUUCUGUUACUGAGCUCAGUUUCAACACUUUUGGGUUCUGCGCUGCGUUAUUUGGCUGUCUUGCUACUUCUACAAAAACUAUUCUAGCAGAAUCCUUGCUGCAUGGGUACAAAUUUGACAGUAUAAACACAGUAUACUACAUGGCUCCCUAUGCAACUAUGAUAUUGGCUCUGCCAGCUUUACUCUUUGAAGGACCUGGAGUUGUAGAAUGGUUAUACACUUUCCCCUCAGUGGUCCCAGCCAUGCUUCUUAUUUUUGGGUCUGGAGUGCUGGCGUUCUGCCUUAACUUCUCUAUCUUCUAUGUCAUCCACUCCACAACUGCUGUAACUUUCAAUGUUGCUGGAAACCUUAAGGUCGCUGUUGCUGUUACAUUUUCAUGGCUAAUAUUCCGAAACCCAAUCUCAGCUAUGAAUGCUUUGGGCUGUGGAGUAACGCUCGUUGGAUGUACGUUCUAUGGUUAUGUGAGGCACCUUCUAUCACAACAGCCUCAAGAGGCUCCUCGCACACCACGGACUCCUCGUACUCCAAAGAACAAGAUGGAGUUUGUUCCUCUGCUACAUGAGAAAGCGGAAGACAAAGAUAACGUUUAGAAUAGUAAAUGAGGUUUCCUCAGUUUUGCAAAAGAUAGAUUAUUCAACUAGACUCUCGAGUAUUUCAUACCCCUCAUUUCUCCCCUUAUCAGUGCUCAAUUUAUUUGUAUCUUUUAGCACAUAAAUUUUUGUCCCAGUUCCUGCAUAUAAAAACGUCAUUUGAUAGGUAUUUACAACAGGUGAACACAACUUUAUUUCAUUGAGAAAAAUUCUUUUUUCUCUUUUCUGGUU